AUGUCGCCGCACAUGGCGGACUGGCUCGCGCGCCAGAAGCUCGCGGCGGCCGGGCUGACGCCCGCGGACGUGGCGAGGAUGCAGGGGGCGGCGCGCGUGUCGGGCCCGUAUAGGGCCGGGACGCUGGAUAGUGGGUCGUGGACUUAUGGGCAGGUUGCGUUGGGGAGUGGGACGGGUGGAUCGAGGUCUGGAACGGGUGCGUCAAGCUCGAGCAGAGGGACGAGCAGCGCGGGAGGAAGAGGAUCGGGAGUGGCGAUGGCCGGUGGGGUGGUGGCUGCUGCACCCGCGACAUCGCCGCCGCCGCCGCCCACGACACCGGCGACUGCGUACGCGCUGGAUCCGGCGUUGGCUGGCGAGAUGGGAUCCGGGGCGAGUUCUGGGAGCUAG